UGGCUCCGCCCCGGCAGUUCGGAACCGCGCGGUCGCAGUCGGAGGUCGCAGAAGUCCAGCGUCGUGUCCGUUUGUCAUCCAUGGCCGCCUCGCUGCUCUUCCGGGCCUGCGGCCCCCUCCGCAGAGCCCUCCAUCCUCGGGACCGGCGACAGUUACACACCAUCUACCAGUCUGUGGAGCUGCCCGAGACACACCAGAUGUUGCGUCAGACGUGCCGGGACUUUGCCGAGAAGGAGCUGGUUCCCAUUGCGGCCCAGGUGGACAGGGAGCAUCUCUUCCCAGCAGCUCAGGUGAAGAAGAUGGGUGAGCUCGGGCUUCUGGCCAUGGAUGUGCCCGAGGAGCUCAGCGGCGCCGGCCUGGAUUACCUGGCCUACGCCAUCGCCAUGGAGGAGAUCAGCCGGGGCUGCGCCUCCACCGGGGUCAUCAUGAGUGUCAACAACUCUCUCUACUUGGGGCCCAUCCUGAAGUUCGGCUCCAAGGAACAGAAGCAGCAGUGGGUCACUCCCUUCACCAGUGGCGACAAAAUUGGCUGCUUCGCUCUCAGUGAACCAGGGAAUGGCAGCGAUGCGGGAGCCGCUUCCACCACUGCCCGGGCCGAGGGGGACACGUGGGUCCUGAACGGCACCAAAGCCUGGAUCACCAAUUCCUGGGAGGCCUCGGCCGCCGUGGUCUUUGCCAGCACGGACAGAUCCCUGCACAACAAGGGCAUCAGUGCCUUCCUGGUCCCCAUGCCAACGCCUGGGCUCACGCUGGGGAAGAAGGAAGACAAGCUCGGCAUCCGGGCCUCGUCCACGGCCAACCUCAUCUUUGAGGACUGUCGCAUCCCCAAGGACAACAUCCUGGGGGAGCCGGGCAUGGGCUUCAAGAUCGCCAUGCAAACCCUGGACAUGGGCCGCAUUGGCAUCGCCUCCCAGGCCCUGGGCAUCGGCCAGGCCGCCCUCGAUUGCGCCGUGCACUACGCCGAGAGCCGCGUGGCCUUCGGGGCGCCCCUCACCAAGCUCCAGGGCAUCCAGUUCAAGUUGGCGGACAUGGCCCUGGCCCUGGAGAGCGCGCGGCUGCUGACCUGGCGUGCUGCCAUGCUGAAGGACAACAGGAAGCCUUUCACCAAGGAGGCGGCCAUGGCCAAGCUGGCGGCAUCGGAGGCUGCGACUGCCAUCAGCCACCAGGCCAUCCAGGUCCUGGGCGGCAUGGGCUACGUGACAGAGAUGCCAGCCGAGCGGCACUACCGCGACGCCCGCAUCACCGAGAUCUACGAAGGCACCAGCGAGAUCCAGAGGCUGGUGAUCGCCGGGCACCUGCUCAGGAGCUACCGGAGCUGAGCCUUCCACGGGGCCCUGGGCCCCCGCCGGGGACUGUGGCUUUGGCCCUGACUGCUGGUCAGGGGCUGGAUGGCGGGCGGGGGCCCAGCCCCCCGGACUGGCUGGGGGGGCUCCCGCGCCCCUCACCCCUGCGCAGGCCAGAUCAGACCGCGGAGGGCGGGGCGGCGACCUGCGUCUGAGGACGGACCGUCGUCAGCUCCGUCUGUCCGCUGCGCUCUGCGACGCUGCCUCGUUUUCCUUAUCUGCGUGGCCCUGGCCUCCUGAAGGCGCGGCUGUGGGGGGCCGAGUGACACUCUGGGCAUGAAGAGCCAGGCGGGACAGCCCCUGGGCAGAGUCUGCCGUUUUCCCUGAGGUCAGGGGUCAGGAGGGGGGCGUGGAGUGACUAGGCCUGCAGGUCCUGGACAGUUUGUGGGGCUGGGCCACUGUGUGCCAUGGGGGCUGUAGGUAAUAAAACACACCUGUCCCCUGA